AUGAAUGAUAUAAAUUUAAGUGAAUUUAAUAAAGCUAAAGUCUAUCUAUGGAAAACAGAAAAUACAUGUGAUGAAUUAUUUUAUCACAUAUCAAAAAAGAUAAAAGGUUUAUAUGAAAAAAUAAAUUAUGAUGAUUUAUUUCAUCAUUUAUAUAAUUAUAUAAAAUAUAUUAAUUGUAGUAACAAUGAUUUAUUUUUAAGAUAUGAAAAACCUAUACAGAAUUGUAAUAACUUAUAUAAAAAUGGAGUGGAUCAAGAGAAUCAAUAUUUUUUCAACAUUUUUAAAAAUUCUAAUUAUGUUAAGAGGAAUGGAAGUCUAUCUAUAAGUUAUAUUAACAUGAUAGAUAAAAAUAUAAAAGUUGAUCAAAUGAAUUUAUUUUCAAACGUUUUUAUGUCUAUAGGAAUACACGAGCUUAAAGAAGAUGAUGAUCAAGAGGUUGAUCAUAAGAAUAAAAGUGAGGCAGAUGAAUCCAAACGUGUAUCUAACAUGAAUAAUUCGAAUAAUUCGAAUAAUACCCAUCAUGAUCAUAAUAAUAAUAAUAAUAAGGAAGAUAUAUUUUUUAAGAUGAAUGACAAAAUAAAAAAUUUAAUAAAUACAUACAAUACUAUCCAUUUUAAUAACAGUUGUGUUUUUAUUCAAAGAGUAUUGAUAAUUCCGUCAACCGAAAAAUAUGAUGAUAUUAUUAUGUCAAAAAUUAUGGAUAUAAAUGAAAAUUUUUUAUUUUCUAGUCAAAGUGAAGAAAUGAAUAUAAGCACUCAUAGUGCUUCUAACAAUAUUAUACAUCUAUCAAAAGAUUCUAAUAAUAAUACAAAUGAAGAUGUAAAGAAUGUUUAUAUAAAUGAAAAUAAAAAUAUUAAGACUGAUUUUUUAAACAAAAAUAAUUUUAAUGUUAUGAAAAACUCCCCUUAUUAUGAUUCAUCAAAUAAUUCUGAACAUAUUCUUUCAAAAAAUAAUAUCGAUAAAAAUAAUAUCGAAAAAAAUAAUAUCGAAAAAAAUAAAAUUCAAAAAAAUAACAAAAUUUGUGAAACGCCAGCUAGCCAAAAAACAAAUAAUGAUGAAAAGGACAAAAAAAAUAGUACUACCAUAGAAGGAACAAAAAAUAAUAAUACAACUAGUACAAAUACUUUUAAAUUCAAAAAAAAAUAUUCUUCUCAUUUUUUAAAAAUGUUUAAUAAAAACAUAGUUAAAGAAUAUACAUCUACAAAUACAAAUAAUACAUCAUCUGUUCUUUUAGGAAGGGGUCUAUCACUAGAUGAGGUGGUGUCUGAUGGAGUAAGAGGAAACAAUUCAAUAAACUCAAAAAAUGAAAAUAAUAAAAUGUGUCAUAUAAAUGGGAAUCAGAGUGAUCAUUACAAUGAUAAUAAUAAUAAUAAUAAUAAUAAUAGUAAUAAUUAUAAUAGUAAUAAUAAUAAUAAUAAUAAUAAUAAUAAUAAUAAUAAUAAUAAUUUUAAUUAUAAUUAUAAUCUUGUAGACAAACGAUCUAUAAAUAAUAAUAAUAUUGAACCCAAUGAUGAACGAAAUAAAUAUCAUUGUAUUGAUUAUAUUUCAAACUGUGAUGAAGAAGAAAAAAAAAUUCAAGAGAAUGAGGAACACAUUUCUUUUAUUUAUAAUAAUUUCCAUAACUUUAAAAUAAUUAUAUUUUUACCUUCCAUAAAAAAACAUUUUAAUAUACAAUAUAAUAAAUUCUUUCAAGCAAUAAUUAUGAACAUGUUUUAUAUGUUCAUUUUUUUUUUAUAUGAUCUACUAACAAAAGAAAACAUGUGGAUGUAUAUGAACACCCUUAUAGAUACUAUGAAUGAUGAAGAUAGAAAAGAAGAAAAUACAAAUAUUCAUAGUAAGAUUGUAAAUCAAGAAAGGGAUUACAACAAAAUAUAUAAAGAAGGAAAUAAAAAUGAAAAUAAAAAUAAUAAAAUAAUAAAUAAAAAUAAAAAUAAAAAAAUAAAGAAUAAAAAUAAUAAUUCAUAUGAACAAAGUAUCAAAAACUUUAAACUUAUAGAAAAUAUAAAAUGUGAUAUUCCAAAUUAUAAAGAGAAAGAACGAUAUAAUGAAAAGAUAAAAAAAUUUAAAAAAUCAGAAUUAAAUAAGAAAAAAGAAAGAAAAUAUAUGCAACAUAAAUAUGUGUAUAAAAAAAAUGAACAUGAAAAAUUAAUAAAAAAAAAUAUUAUUAAGGAAAUGAAAAAAGACCAAUUAAAUACUUAUGAAAGAAAAAAUAGUGUAGAUAAUAAUAUAUAUAUUAAUCUAAAAAAAUACUACAACGAUGUAAAAACAAGUAUUAUAUCUAAGACGGAGCAGUAUGUUAUUAAAGGUGAAGAGUUAUUAUAUGAUGGAAUUUAUAAAGUUUCUCGUUCAAGUACUUGUGAAGAGAAUGAAUGUAGAAAGAAUAAACAAAGGAAUGUUGAUAAGGAUAUUGAUGGAGAUGAUAAUGAAGAUGAUAAAGAGAAUGAUAAAGGAGAUGAUAAAGAAGAUGAUAUAGAAGAUGAUAUAGAAGAUGAUAGUGAUAAUUAUAGUGAUUCUAAUUACAGUGAUUCUAAUUACAGUGAUUCUAAUUAUAGUAAUUCUAAUUACAGUGAUUCUAAUUAUAGUAAUUCUAAUUAUAGUAAUUCUAAUUACAGUGAUGAUUAUGAUGAAGAGGAGAUAUCAUCUGUCGAAGAAAAUUCUUCAAGUGAUAAAAAUGAAACAUACAAAAGAAGAGAUAAUAAUACAGAUGAUAGUUCAUAUGAUGAUAGUUAUAAUGACAAUAAUUUAUAUGAUAACAGCUCAUUGGGUGAUGAAUUUUCUGGUGAUAAUAAUUCAUUUAAUUCUAAUAAUAAUGACAGUAGUCUUGGUUCACUUAAUACUCAUGAGAUAUGUAAUAAAAAAAAUGUAUCCCAUCUAAAGGAUGAACAUUCUGAAAAAAAUGAUGAUUAUUAUAAUGAUGAUGAUAAAAUGUCAGAAUGUAAAAGCAAAAAUGAGAAACCCAAAAAUAAAAAAAAAAAUGUGAAACAAAAAAAUAGACAAAAAAAUGGGAGACCAAAAAAUGUGAGACCAAAAAAUGAAGUGAAAGAUGAAAGAAAAAAGAAAAGACGCCUUUCUGAUAUAAAAAAUUAUGAAUGUAGGAUUAAAAAGAAAGCAGGUGAUAUAUAUUUAUUAUUAGGUAGUCCAUUAGAUUCCUUAGAAAUAUAUAUGAGUUGUUAUGAAAUAUGUAAAGAUCAUGAUGAUAUAAUAUAUGAAGGAAAUGUUAUAUUUUGUAUGAUAUUAUCUAUUUAUUUAUAUAUAGUUCAAAAUUGGAUUCAUUUCUAUAAAUUAAAUAAAAAUAAAAAGUAUCCUUUUAAAUUUCCUGAGAUUAUUGAAAAUUUUAUAUUACAAAUUCAAGAAAAGGUUCUACCUACAAAAUAUACUAAUUAUUCAAAUUUUUUUUUUGAUACAUCUUAUAGUAUGUCUAUAAAGGAUAAGGGUCAUAGAAGUAAUUAUUCUAAUUAUUAUUAUUCUCAUCAAUCACAUAAUCAAACAUGUAAUCAAGCAAAUAAUCAGGAAGGUAGUCAAACGCAUAAUCAAGAAGGUAUUCAAAUAAAUAAUCAAGAAGGUAGUCAAAUGAAUAAUCAAGAAUGCAUGCAGAUAUACAACCAAGAAGGUAUGCAAACACAAACACAAAUACACAAUCAAUCAUAUAAUCAUUCACAUAAUACAUCACAACAACAAAUAAACACUCUUUCUUAUUAUAAUGUAAAUUUAUCAUCUUUUUAUAAUUCAGAACAAAGUAUAGAUACUUCUAGUUUGAAUAUAAAAAAUAUUUCUAGUUUUAUAAAUUUAUUGUAUGACCACAUGAAAGAUAAUUCUAUUCUAACCAUAGAUUGUAAAGAAGAAAAAUAUUAUUUUUAUAAUUUAAUUAUUGAGCCACAUAACAUUUUAUUAUAUUUAUUAUGUAUUAUAGAUUUUAAAUUAAAUGAAGUAUUGUAUAUAUUACAAAGAAGUUCAUCAAUCAUUGCACAAGAAUAUUUUUGUGAUUAUUUUUUAUGUUAUAUAAAAUAUCUUUUAAUAUUAAAAAAGAAAAGUAUGAUAUAUUUAAAAAUAAGUAAAUAUUCAUAUAAUGUUGAAAGGUUUGAUUAUCCUUUAUAUAUAAAAUUUCACAUGCAGUUGGCAUUGAUAUAUAAAUAUAUUGGAUCCUUUAGAAAAUUUACCUUUACAAUAUAUUUAUUAUGUAUAUCAUUUUAUUUGAAUAAAAAAUAUUAUUUAGCAUAUUAUCUUGUUAACAAUAUAUUACCUUUUUAUAAUUUGUCUUAUCUUCAUAUGAAUUAUCUUUUUAAAAGGAUUACAUAUGAGGAUGACAAAAAUUAUAUUCUAAACAAUAAUAUGGACACAACAUCUAUUCAUAAUAAUGCUCAAAUAAAUUCUACCUUUUUAAUUAAAACAAUUAUGUUAUAUAAUAAUAAUAAUAUGUGUGAUAACAGUAAUAUAAAUAAUAUGCUACUACAAAAUACUCAGAGAAUGAAUAUACCGUUUGAGUGGUUAAGAGAUAUUCAUGAGUCUAUUAAAAAAAAAAAAAAAAAAAAAAAAAAUAAUAAUAAUAAUAAUAAUAAUAAUAUAUCUAUAAAUGCGGAAGAUAUAAAUGAAAAUAAAAAUAAUGAUAUUAAUAUUAAUAAUAUUAAUGGGGAUAAUAUUAAUGGGAAUAAUAUUAAUGGGAAUAAUAUUAAUAGUAAUAAUAAUUUUAAUGAUGAUAAUUCCUUUGGUAAUACAUUAUGCAAUUCACAUUCAAAUGAUAUACCCAACAAAGAUAUAUUUUCUUAUCAUUCAAAUGAAGAAAAGAAUAAUAUUGAUAUGAUUACACAUAAUAAUGUAAAAGAAAAGGAUGAUAUAUAUCAUAUAGGAAAUUUAUUUAAAGAUAUAUAUAUUUAUAAGAUUUAUGAAUCAUUUUUAAAACCUUAUAAUAUAGUAAAUAUGAAUAGAUUAUUUGAAUUUUGUUCGCGUUAUAUUAGUUGUAAAAGUAUUUUUAGUUUAAAUAAUCAUAUGAAUAAAUUAAAUAUAUAUAAAAAAAAUAAGAAUAAAUAUAAUGCAAAUAUACAAUAUAAUAUUCUUACAUUUAUAUGUUCUUUAUUAAAAGAAAUAAAUUAUAUGGAUGAAUAUAUUUUUUGUAAUUUCUUAAUAUUAUUAUAUUUAUAUAAAUUUUUAUCAAAAGAAAAACAAAAAGAUAUAUUAUAUACUAUAUAUGAUUUCUUAAAUAAAAAAAAAAAAUAUAUUUAUUUCUCGCCAUUUAUAACUUUAAUAAUGGAUGAAAAGAGAAAAAAAAAACAAAGAAAAUAUUUAAAAAAAUUAAAUAAUGAAACGAAGACAUUUAAUAAAAAUAAUUUCUUAUUUUGUUUUUCAUCUUUAUCAUCUUUUUCUUCAUCAUCACAAACGGGGAAUAUAACAUCCUCAUCUGAAAUGUUAACUGACACAUCAAUGACAUCAAUGACAUCAUCAUCAUCAUCGUCAUUGUCAUUACUAUCAGAUGAUGGCUAUGGUGAUGAUAAUAAUUCAAGAAAUUGUUUAGAUUCCAUUGAAUCAGGUUUAUCUGAUACAUUUAAUAACAAACAGAUCAAUUCUUUUUCAAAAAAUUGUUCAAUCAAAAAAAAAAAGAGUACUCAAGAAAAAAUAAGAUCAAACAAAAUGAAUCAUAAAAAAAAGAAAAAAAAAAAUUUUAGAGAAGAAAAUAAAUUACAUUUCUUAUCUGGAAUAACAGAAGGUAGAUGUGCACCUGUUCCUAUUCUUGUAAACAUCGAAUAUGCUGAUAGAAGUUGUGGAAAUGAGAAGAUUUAUAUGAAGGUUGUUAAGACUGAUAUAGAAAGAAAAAAUAAGACAAAAGAAAAGAAAGAUAAUAUGAUGAAUAAACAUAUUGAUGUGGAUGAAAAAUAUGUGGAUGAAAAAUAUGUUGAUGAAAAAUAUGUGGAUGAAAAAUAUGUUGAUAAAAAAUAUGUUGAUGAAAAAUAUGUUGAUAAAAAAUAUGUGGAUGAAAAAUAUGUUGAUGAAAAAUAUGUUGAUAAAGACAAGAACUCAGACAAUUUAAACUGUGUAAAUCAUAAUACAUUUAAUAAUAUUAAUACAUGCAAUGAAGAAAAUGUAAAAGAAUGUUCAGAAAAAGAAGAUUCAAAAUUGAAUGAUUCUUAUAAAGACGUUUUUAAAUAUAACCCAUUUAAUGAAGAAGAAAAAAAUGUAAAAAUUCAAAAUAUGUGUUCUGUGAAUGAAAUAAAAAAUGUUAUAAUAACUUUAAAAAAUACUUUAUCUGUAAACUUAGUAUUAAAUAAUGUGACUUUAAUAUCAUCAGGAAUAUCUAUAGAAAAUUAUCCAACUAGUGUUAUAUUAUUAUCAAAAAAAAAGAAUAAUAAAUUAAAUAAAGUGCAAUUAUCUUUUAAAGCUAAAGAAACUGGUAUUUUAUUUAUAUUAGGGAUAUCAUAUUGUAUUAGUUAUUAUUAUUUUGAUCAGUAUUUAUUAUAUAAUACUUCAGCUUUAAGAAGAUGUUUUAUGAAGAAUAAAUUCUUUGAUCAUUAUAAUAAAAAAAGUAAUGAUCCUACGGGUCAAACUACAUAUAGAUUUAAUAAAGAAACAGAUAAUAUAAAUGAUAAAAGGAGUAUUUAUGAAUAUAUAUCUGGUCACACUAAUAUGGAUGACAAUUAUUUAAAUAGAAUGUAUUCUAAACAAGGGGAAGAAUUUGCGUCUUAUAAAAAUAAUAAUAUUAAUGGUAAUAAUAAUAUCAAUAUUAAUGGUAAUAAUAAUAUCAAUAUUAAUGGUAAUAAUAAUAAUAAUGUGAAUAAUUUUUUUGAUAAUUUUGAAGACAUGCAUAAAGGAUCAAGUAAUGAUAUAUACAAUCGAGCUAAACUUUUAAAUUAUAUCUUUAAAGUAUCUAGUAUAUGUUCCAUAUUUGUUAUUGAUGAUUAUUUUUCUUUAACAUCUGAAAUUAAACUUUUUAAUUUUAGUAAAUAUAUUAAUAUAAAAGAAUUAUUAGAUGAUCAAUCGUAUUUAAGUAAAUAUAUCAUAUCUAAAAAUAAUGAGAAAAAAAAAGAAUCCAUAAUAGAAAGUAAUAAUAUACACAUGAAUAAUAUAACAAAGGAUAAUCUAGAUGCAUCUUCUUUGAAUGAUAAGGAAGAUAAUAGUUGUUUUUUUUUAAAAAAGGUAAGUCAUGGGCAAAAUAUAUCUAAUAAAUAUAAAGACAUAUAUAAUAAUGAUAAUAAUAUAAAUAGUUAUAGUGAUAUAUAUUGUGAUAAUUUUGUAAGUGAAAAAUUAGAAAAUACUACAAAGGAUUCAAAGAGAGAACAUAUAUAUAUGACAGAAAAUAUAUGUAAUGAUAAUAAUAUAAAUAUGAAUAGUGAUAAGAAAUAUAUAGAUUGUAAUAAUCAAAAUGGAAAUAAAGAAUUAGAUUCUAUGAUAAUAAAAAAGAAAGGUUCAUAUAAAAAACAGCAUGUUUUUAAUAGAUUUUUAUUACAUAAAAGAAGUAGUUCAAAAAGAUUAUCUUUAUCAUUUUCUUCUUCUGUUUUGUCAUCAAAAUCGACACUAUCCUUUCCAGAUUCUUCAUUAUCAUUAUCGUCGUCGUCUUCAUUAUCAUCUGGUUUAUUAAUUCCUCUUGAAAAUGUGAAAUCUGCUAAUAUAAAUGGACAUAUAAAUGAUAUAGAUGAUAUAGAUGACCAUUUAAAUGACCAUUUAAGUGACCAUUUAAGUGACCAUUUAAGUGAACCACUUGAAUCACAAAAAAAAAAACAGAUUCGAUUCAAAGCAUUAUAUCAAUUUAAUAACAAUGUAAAAAAAGGACAUAAAAAAUAUCUUCAAAUGUUGGAAGGAAUGAAUAAUAAGUCUACUAAAAACAAAAAUAAUAUAUCUUAUAAUAAAGAAUAUGAUGAUAGCAUAAAUGACUUACACAAUAAUUUAUAUUUUUCUUAUGAUGCACGAUUUACAGAAUUAUUAGAAGGAGAAAUUAAAUUUUUAUGUUUAAUAUUAGAAAAUAAAGGAAAUAUUGAUAUUGAAUUUUUAAAUAUAAAAGUAAAUUAUAAGAAUAAAAAUAUUAAUGGGAGUUAUUUUAUAAAGUUUUUUUUUGAAAAAGCAUUUUAUAUUAAAAAUAAGGAUAUGCAUUCAAUGAUAAAUAAAAAUAAUAGUGAAAAUAUUCAAAAUAUUCAAAAUAGUGAAAAUAUUCAAAAUAGUGAAAAUAUUCAAAAUAGUGAAAAUAUUCAAAAUAGUGAAAAUAUUCAAAAUAGUGAAAACAUUUUAAAUAUCAUAAGAAUAAAUAAGGGAGAACAUUUAAAAGUUAAGAAAAAUUCUUGUUUAUAUAUACCAGUUAGAUGUAUAGGUUCUUUGUUAAUCAAUGAAGCUUAUUUAAAUAUUUUUUAUUCUCCUUAUAAAGAUAGUAUAUAUUAUGCAGAACAAAAAAUUAAAUUAAAAAUUAACGUAAAGAAAAAUAUUAGUAUUCAAAAUAUAUUUUAUUUUCCUUAUGUUAGUUUUAAUUAUUUGCAUAUAUUAAAUAAAUUAUUAAAUAGUAAUUAUUAUCAUACAAAUAUAAUAAAUAUUUUAGGAAUUAUAAAAAGGAAGGAAAAAACAAAAUCUAUCCAUUGUAUGUACGAGAAACAAAAUGGGGUAGAUAAUAAUUAUAAUAAUCCUAUGGAUGAUAACACAUGUGGUGGUAUUAAUAAUACAUAUGACAGCUUCAAUAUAAAAGAUGAAACACAUUCAUAUAACAAUAUGAUUAUAAAAAAUAUGUCUAGAAUGAAGAAUACAAUUAUAAGAGAUGAUAUAUUAUAUAACAUGAAUGAUAAUAACAUGCAAUUAAUACAGAAUAUUGAAUAUAUGAAUAAAAUAUAUUAUGAAUAUAAAGAGAAUUUAAAUAUAUGUAUAGAUAAUAAAUAUAUAUUCUUAGAAUUAUAUAUAAAAAAUUAUAGUGGUUAUAUUAAUUAUUGUAAGAGCAAAAAAUUAAAAAGAAGACCUACUUGUAUAGUUGAUAAAGAAAAUAAUUGUAGUAAAUGGAUUAUAUGGAUUAAAAGAAUAAAGAGAAAUGAAAAUCUAUUUUUUGAAAAUGAAGAAGAUAUAUUAAAUUAUUUCUUACAAUAUAUAGAUUAUAAUGUAUAUUUGACAUAUUCUAGACAUAAAACAGUUGGAUUCUUAAGUCUUUAUGGUUCUUAUUUAAAUAAUAUACAUCUCAAAAAUAAAACAUUAAGUGAUUUUUUUUGGAAUGUAAAAAAGACAAAAAUGGAUCACCCAACAAUUCAAUUAAAUGAUAAUAAUAAUAUAUAUGAUAAUAAUAAUAAUAAUAAUAAUAAUAAUAAUAAUAUAUAUAUAAAACACAAUAUGUAUGAUGAGGAGGAAGAGAAAAAAAACAAAUGCUCCUAUUAUCAAGAAAAAACAGAUACACAUUUUCUUUCAAAUACACUAAAUUUUCCAACGCCUUUUAAAAGUCAAGAAGAAAACAAUAAUGACAAUAAAUAUAAUAACGAUUUAUAUAAUAUUCAUAGUGUCAAUAAUAUAGAAGAUUCUCAAGAUAAAAAGGAAAUUAAUAAAUCCGAUAUAUCAAUAGAAAAAACAUAUAAUGAUAAUUAUAUAAAAAAAAAAAACUCAGAAAUGAUGAAUAUUUUUUUUGAAAAGAACAAUUAUGAUGAUUCUCAUAAUAACAUAUCCUUUAGUUUAAAAAAUAAUGCUGAAUAUUUAUUAAAUGUAAAUAAAUUAUUCGAAAAAAACUUUCUUAAUGAUAUAUUUUAUCCAUAUAUAUUAUUAAUACCUAGAUUCUUUCAUUGUAAAAAAAAAAACAGUGUUAUUAUUCCUAAAUGUUCUAAAAUUUUAGAUAUGCAUAAUUAUAAAAAUAUAGGAAUCAAAAAAAAAUAUUUUCAAUCCAAAACAAAUCAAACAUUUCAUGUUAAAAUAUAUUUAAAAAAUUUAUCAAAUAUUCAACUAGGUAAGUAUACUCUAUUAUUAUAUCCAUCUAAUUUAAAAUCUAUUAAAAUUAUAGGUAGUCUUAAUAAAACUGGAUUUUUAUCAAAUAAUAAUAAUAAUACCGAUAUGAACAAUUAUUUAAAUAAUAAUACAAAUAUUUCUAAAUCGAGUAAACCAUACCUUUUACAUUCAUUCAAUGUUUAUUCUUUAUUCCAAGGAAAAGUUUUCUUUUAUAUAACUAUAUAUUUUCAUCAAUAUAACACUUUAUUAUUUCAUCACGAGCCUAUAUUAAUAACAAUAGUAUAA